GCGAUUUGAUCUUGAAACUUUUCGGUUACUGGCCCAACGCUCUAACCACUAGGCUACCUGCCGCCUCACUGAGCAGUAACCUAGGCUGGCUACUCAACUACAAUACAUUUUGAGUGCACCUUAUAGCAAUGCUACAUGAAUAAUUUAUUUAGCACGCUAAAAACACCGAGCCUAGCGUUAGCUAGCUAGCUACCUACUAGGAGGAUGUCAUUGGAGGAGUAGACUAUCGAACAGACGUCAGGAUGUUUUUGUGAACGUGAGCAUGAGAAAUGAGUCAUCAUCCCUAUGUAUACAUUCGAAAGACGGUGAACAAACCAGUUGCUAGCUGACUAGAGAGGGAAAUGUAUCUGCUGAUCUACUUUUUUCUGCCGAUCCUGGUAUUCACGCUCUGUGGCGGCAACGAGCCAGAGCCAGGCGCACUUACACCGACCUACAUCUGGAGAGAUGACGUGACAGGAGUUUCCUUCACAUGCAACAAAUGUCCUCCCGGAACACACUUACGGAAGCAUUGCACGAAGGACAGCAGGACAGAAUGCGGACCUUGCCCAAAGUCCCACUACACAGAAAUCUGGAACUACAUCGAGCGGUGUCAAUACUGCAAUAUUUUUUGUACGGAUGAUCAGUUUGUAAGCGUGCAGUGCACCCAAUUUCACAACCGAAAGUGCGAGUGCAAGGACGGGUUUUACAUGAGACAUGGGUCAUGUUCAAGGCACAGCAGGUGCCCGGCUGGCGAAGGGGUGCUCUCUAAUGGAACAGCAUACACUGAUGUGACAUGUGAACCUUGCCGAGGGGGCUUCUUCUCUGCAGAUUCCUCCAGCAGGAAAAUAUGUCAGAAGUUCACUGUGUGUGCUCCAGAUCGCACCACUAUACCUGGCGACGACAGGCAUGAUGUUUACUGCUCAGCCUGUAAGAGUGGUUCGAUUACACAUGAAGAUGAAGCUAUCUGUGAUGGAGAGUUGAUGGAAUUCCUGGGACUGCAGAUCCUCCCACCAAGAAAGCACAAAAGACUAAUGACUGUACUCAGGAGGAGUGCGGGGAAAAACUUCACAAAAAAUUCAACUGUCCUAGACCUUCUCACAACUAUUAAGAACAAACCUAGCAACAACAAACCUUUUGCUAUUCGAUUGCAUGAUAUCCUGGACACAGACGGGCUGCUCCAUUUAAGACGUAAAGUCAACAAAUGGUUUCCUCAUAUGACUUUAUAGGACUAAUAUAUUGUAACAUUUAUUUUUUAUUUAAACCUAUAUGUGUGUAUAUAGAUAUAUAUUACAGGUAUAUUUUUUCAGUUCCUGCUGAUGUGAGGUCUGUCUUUUUCAGAAAUGUGUCAAAGAAUAAAAACGACCUAUUGUGAAACUGUCCAUAAUAUUGUAAACCUGUCCUUAAAAAAUAAAUAAACACUCAAAACAUAA